AAAAUGACUCCAUUACAAUAUUCCUCACCCUUCUCCUGUUUUUGCAGGUUCCGUUCCACUACUUGGAGCUAUGCACGCGCACGUCAGGUAUCAACAAAAGAUAACAACCUCGCACGUGCCAUUGAACCACCACCGCCUCAGCCACCGUCAACAACCACUACCUUAUCUUUCACAGCCAACAUCACAUCCACUGAAUUUAUCAACCAAAUGGAACAACUUUAAAUGUUUAGCAGCAAUUAGCAAACAAGCCCAGCGUUUCUUCUCUGCGGUAUUGCCCACCGUUGCCACAAGAGAUACUUCAGCUACUAACCGUUUGAUCAAGAAAUUUGUAGCAUCAUCACCGAAAUCAAUCGCCCUUGAUGCACUCUCUCAUCUCCUCUCCCCCGACUCCACUCACCACCCUCUGCUGUAUCUUCUCACUCUCCCUCUCUAUUUAAAGAUAAGUGAAGCAUCAUGGUUUAGUUGGAAUCCUAAGUUAGUUGCACAAGUUGUUGUCUUGCUGGAUAAACAAGGCCUAGACAAAGAGUUAAAAGCUUUGAUGUCUGAAACAGUUUCAAGAUUACAGUUUAAAGAGAGGGAGCUUGUUCUUUUUUAUUGCAAUUUGAUUGGGUUUAACUCAAAACACAAUUGGGUUCGUGGGUUUGAUGAUUCUUAUUCUCGUCUGAACCAGCUUGUCUGUGAUUCCAACUCUGUUUAUGUAAAAAAGCAGGGUUAUAAAGCAAUGAUUAGCGGGUUAUGUGAAAUGGGUAGGGCUAGAGAAGCAGAGGAUUUGAUUGGAGAGAUGAGAGAGAGAGGACUGAAGCCUACAUUGUUUGAAUUUAGGUGUGUUUUAUAUGGCUAUGGAAGAUUAGGAUUGUUUAAAGAUAUGGAGAGGAUUCUUGAUAAAAUGGAAAGUGUAGAGAUUGAAGUUGAUACAGUCCGUGCUAACAUGGUUCUUGCAUCCUAUGGAGCUCACAAUGCACUUCCUGAAAUGGGAUUGUGGCUGCGAAAGAUGAAAACUUUGGGCAUUCCAUUGUCAAUAAGGACUUGCAAUUCAGUUCUGAAUUCCUGUCCCACGAUCCUGGCAUUGAUGAGAAACUUGGAUGCUUCUUAUCCAGUUUCGAUUCAAGAGUUGUUGAAGAUCUUGAGUGAGGAUGAAGCAAUGUUAGUCAAAGAAUUGAUUGAAUCAUCGGUUUUGAAAGAGGCAAUGAAGUGGGAUACUUCAGAGGGGAAGUUGGAUUUACAUGGAAUGCACUUGGGUUCAGCAUAUGUGAUAAUGUUGCAGUGGAUGGAGGAGACGAGGAAUAGAUUGAGUGAUGGAGAGCAUGUAAUUCCAGCAGAGAUUACAGUUGUUUGUGGAUCGGGAAAUCAUAGCACCGUUAGAGGGGAAUCUCCAGUUAAAUCUAUGAUCACAGAGAUAAUGGCUCAAACGAGGAGUCCAAUGAGAAUCGAUAGGAAGAACAUUGGUUGUUUCGUUGCUAAGGGAAAUGUUGUCAAGAAGUGGCUAUGUUAACAUAUGAAUGAGCAAGGAAUGCAUCCAUUAAGCUCAAACUUCUACUGGAUUUUUUCGUCGUUA